AUGUUCUUCCUCUACAACCUCCAGCGAAGGGUCACCCUUCACCCUUCCUACUUCGGCAAGAACAUGCACGAGCUGGUCACGAGCAGGCUUCUGCAGGACGUCGAGGGUACUUGCACCGGCAGCUACUACAUAAUCUCCAUCAUGGACACCUUCGACAUCUCUGAGGGGCGGAUUCUGCCGGGAAGCGGCCUCGCCGAGUUCACCGUCGGAUAUCGCGCUGUCGUCUGGAGACCCUUCAAGGGUGAAACUAUGGACGCCAUUGUUGUCUCUGUAAAUCAGCAUGGCUUCUUUGCUGAGGCCGGCCCACUCCGUAUCUUUGUGUCGACGCAUUUGAUCCCGCAAGAGGUCAAGUAUGAUCCGAAUGCGACGCCUCCCCAAUUCACCAACAACGAAGAUACUACCAUCGAGGUCGGUACGCAGGUUCGUAUCAAGAUAGUGGGGACGCGAGCCGAAGUGGGUGAGCUGUGGGCAAUCGGUAGCAUCAAGGAGGACUAUCUCGGAACUCUACAACAAUAA